AGAACCAAUCAGAAAAUUUGGUUCAUUCGCAUGGCGUUGUGUAUGGCAUUUGACAUUCAUGUUUCAUUUGUUAUGGAUGCUCUGAUGUUGUGUUAAAUAUGGUAUCUGCUGUUUUCUAAUCGACUCGCUUCAUUAUCUUUUAACAUCCUCUGUUGUGAGCAUUUAUCAUUAAAGUUUCAUCAUGAGCAGCGGAAUACCAUAUUUAGGGAGCAAAAUAAGCCUAAUAUCGAAGUCAGAAAUUCGUUAUGAAGGAAUAUUAUACACAAUUGAUACAAAAGAAUCCACAGUUGCUUUGGCUAAAGUUACUUCAUUUGGAACAGAAGAUAGACCAACAGAACGUCCAGUAGCUCCCAGAGAUGAAGUUUAUGAAUAUAUCAUUUUUCGUGCCAGUGACAUAAAGGAUCUUCAUGUAUGUGAACCACCUAAACCACAACAAACUCUAAAUAGUGGUCUACCCAAUGAUCCAGCUAUUGUACAGCACUCUGCUCCUGUGCAGUCUACUUCAAAUUCAUUUAACCAGUCAGGAAACUCUUUUGGACCGAUCGGCGCACUCCCAUCUUACCAAAAUUACUCCCAGUCAAAUCUCCAGCACAUUCCACAGCCUUUUGCCACUCCUACUUCACAACGGUCAGACUCCAGAUCAGAAACUCCAACCCCAACACCACAACAAAGAAAAAGUCCACCCCUCGACUCGGGUGUCCAAGUGUCGACUUCUACAAACCAUAUUCGGACUGAAAUUGGAGAUCGUACUUCACAGCAGAGGCAACAAGGUAAAGGACCCCCUCAACAGCAAGCUCCAGGUACUUCUAACCAACAGAGACGUGCACCUCCUCAAGGGCAGAGGCAGCAACGAUCGCCUCAGAGAGGAAAUUUUUUUGCAGGAAGUCAAAGAAGAGGACGAGGUCAAGGAAGAAAUCGGCAGAACUUUUCUGGUAGAUCCAAAGAUGUUUUGGAUUUUGAAGGAGAGUAUGAUUUUGAACAAGCAAAUGCAGAAUUUCAAGAGCUGGAAGGAAAACUUGCAAAGAUAAAAAUAAAUGAUCAGGAAGAAACUGCUCCAAAAUCCCCACCGGCCAAUAAUCUCAUUGAUACAUCUACAGAGGAGAAGAAAGAUGAUGCAUUGUGGCCUGAAGAGAAUGGAGGUGAAGUUGGUGGUGAAGAAGAAGAAUCUAAGACUUUCUACAACAAAGCCAAAUCUUUCUUUGAUAAUAUAAGUUGUGAGGCUGUUGAAAGAAGCAAAGGAAAUGUUCAUCGUCAUGAUUGGCGUCAAGAGAGAAAACUUAAUGUUGAAACAUUUGGUGUGUCAGCCAAUAAUACUUGGAUGCGCCGCAAUGCAUGGCGUGGACGUGGAGGUUAUAGAAGUCGAGGUUAUGGACCGCGUCGAGGAAGUGGUGGUUACAGAGAUAACAGAGGUUACGGUUAUGGAAAUGACAGGCAGAAUCUACUUCCCCCAAAUGUUCAAAAACGGUGAAAAAAUACAUCCCUCAAAGUAAUCACAUUUUAUUUGUACUUUUGGUGUGUAAGAUGGCAGCGUGGUUACUGGUGUGUGCAGACAUGUACAAUCAAGUGUUAAUGAACAUGGAAGUCGACAAUGGAAAUCUUUGUAUAAUUUCUUUUUAUUAAUUUAUCAUUAUUAUUUUUUUUUGAGACAGUUAAAAAGAUUUUAGUAUAGCAAUAAAAUUUUAUUUUUUGCUUCUUUAUUUUUCCCUCCAGUUUUGCUUUUUUUUUUUUAAGUUACCUGCCAAGUAUGAGAUAAAAAUUUUGCCUAGUAUUUAUGGUGCUGAAGCUUUAAGGAAAGCUAUUUGUUUAAAAGACAAUUUUCCAUGCAUUGGAUUGACAAUUUAUAAUUUAAAGAGCUAAUUUUAAACUACUUUAUUUUUACUUUCCAAGCACUUCUAUUGCAUAAUGAGAUUACAUUCUUUCUGUUCAAUAUGCUGUUUAUGAAUUUUCAUAUUGACUUUUCAUACUUCAGAAUGAAUAAAGCUACUGUAUACUACCACAAAUAAUGUUCAAAUGUAAUGUCUUGGAGUAUGUUGUUGUAGUGCUUUAAAUCAGUAAUAAUAAACAAUUGUAACAAAGUCUUAUGUGUUUUCUUGUACAUGUUUAAAAAAAAUGUAUUUUCAAUUAUGCUUAUUAGAACACAAUUUUGUAAUAGUGUAUAUAAUCCACCUUUCGAAAUUUGUUAUUGAAUUUAAAAGGAAUGCUUUUCAAACUUUAUAAUCUUUAACAAGUUGACAUUUUCAAUGCUGUGAAUAUAUUUUGUUAGUUUGACGUUUUCUGACUCAUUAGACUUUGUAGAUUAUUGACGCACAUGUAGUUUUUUUAUUGUCUUUUAAAACAAAUAUUGGAAGUGUAUUUUUUUAUAUCAAAUGAAUGUGUCCCUCUUUGUUCAGAUAUUGUGAUAGAUUCUAUGGUUAAAUGGUUAUUCUUAUGACAUGUUGGCUUUUGAUGGUUGGCAAUCAUAUGCUGAGCCCAUGUAUCUUAUAUAAGCAUAACUGGUAAUGCAACAAAUUAGACUGCAGUAACAAAACUGUAAAGAUAUCUUACAAUAUACUGAUUGUAUAGUGGAAAUAACAAUCGUAUGAGUUGAAUGUACCAAAAUACUCAACUUUGAUUUUUUUUGUUUAGUACAACCGGUAUAAUUAUACUGACUUUUAAAUUAUCUUUAUAUUUUCCUUGUCAUUUUAUGUAAUAUUUAAAACUUCGUUCACGAGUAAAAUAUUUUCAUUGUAUUCUCAGACAAAAAUGAGCUGCAUUAAAAUAAAAUUUUUGAAAGUGAA